AUCGGCUGGCAAGUCAGCGCCACCCUAAUGCAGAACCAAGUGAAAUGAACAAACCACCGCAGCCUAUAACGGGACCCACCUCUGUCCCACAUCCUUCCCCCUCCCCUGGACUGACACAGGUGAGAGUCAAUGACAAGACCCAGCGUGCGUUGAUGGGUCAGGGUAGUGUCCAAUAAGAAUGCACAAAUUUUUUUCCAUUUUGAAACGUUUUGCUACAUUGUACCCUAUUGAACACAACCCAUCUUUGGCAGGAAGUUAGCCGACUAACGUAGUUUUGUUUCUCUCCCUCCCCUCUCUCCCAGGCUGCCUAUGCCCCAGGACAGCCCCCUUCUCUCGUCUUCGCUUCCCCACCACCUCAACAAAUGAACUCUGCACCGCAACCGCGACAGGUAUUGCUCUCUCCUUCUUCUUUUCCCUCUCCAUCUCUCUUGUUCUAUUUCCCGCUCUUUUGUUCACACUCUCUAAAUGUCAAAGCAUCUGUUAUGCUGUUAACUCUAACUCUAGCUCAACUGUAACGCUUUGGUCCAACCUGUGUCUGUGUUUAAGUCUCUCUCCCUUCUCUCUGGCUACCAACCUUGAUCUCUUGCUCUCUUUUGCUGUCCUCCCUCCCAGUUCGCUGCAGGGUCUCGUGCUUUACACCAACAGGUACUAACUCCCCUCACCUUCCCCAAAAUGUCUGUCAUCUCGACAUGAAAGUAGACCGCUGUGCAUGAAUGCAAUUUAACUUUAGAGAAGGAUGAGGCUAAACAGCCAUUCAAGUUCUGACCAGACCCAGCUGUAACUAGAAGCAAAACCACCUGAUUUUAAUGAAAUAUUUCAAAACAUAUCAAUUCAGACCAUGAGUAGAGUGCUGGACUAGAAUCCUCAGCCCUUUUGUGGCUCUCCAGGACCAAGGAUUCCCAUAGUGAAGACGUUCAGGCUGGUAAUUCCAUAGGCUACCCUUGGUAACACCUGAUAUGAUUCCACCCACUGUAGGACUAUACAGUAAAGUUCCUAGGCACCAGGGUCCUCCUGUUUGUGUAAAUUAGUUUCCCUAAUCAGGCAAAGUGCCAGCCAACCCAUCAGCUAGGCCUACAAUCAAGAGGCUUGAAUGAAACUAGAAGAAAUGUAUGGUAGUUCUUUGUGAAUUUAAGUCUGUUGCUUUAUAUCUCUUUGAUGGCUUCAUAUUUUCUGAUAGUCAGCAGCUAACUGUUAGUGGCUGAAUGAUAUACUGCUGCUUCUCAUUCUCUCUCAUUCCUUCUGCUCUCUUUCUCCUUUUCUCCUGUCGUCCUCUCUCCCGCCUCUCUUGCUCUCUGCUCGUGUGUUGUGCGGCUGAAGGGUGGAUACAGGGCACUGCAGGUAACGGAAACCCCGACAGUCAUCGUGUGGUCAGCUCUCUGGAGUCUUGACCUACCUCAACCAUCUGACAGUUUCAACAUGUGACAUUUUAACACCGCAGUAACACACAGCUCACCAUUUAGAUAAUACACACACUCAAAUAUACUGUUUUUUAAAAAUAUAUAUAUAUUAAUAUUACAGAUUUUCUCUCUCCCCUCCAUCUCUCUAGCCCUACUAUGCUAACAGGCCCGCCAUGCCCACCAGUGCCCCCCGGGUCCAGACCAGCAGCGGGCCUCGUCCGGUGGGUCCCACACACGUCUACCAGCCCAGCUCCCAGAUGAUGAUGAUCCCUGGGCAGCAGUUGUCCUUUGCUGGCUCCCCUCAGGGCUACUUCAUCCCCCCUGGACAGGUACCACAACCGGUCAUGAUGACUUUAUGUUAAUAGUCAACUUUACUUGAAAUAGGGUUGCAAGAUUCUGGAAUUUCACAGGUUUCCGGAAUUUCUGAAAAACCUAGCAAUUUCGGGAAUGUUUUGGGAAUUUUGCAACCCUAAUUGUUCAACACCUCUCAUACGGUAUUCCAGCGCCAAAAAGUCUAAAAUCACCAUAGAGGUAAUGUUGCAUACUGUUAUAGCUAUACCUUAACACAGCAAACAACUUUUUUUUUCCCCCUCUCUGUCUGUAGUACCGGGCUCCCUAUAUGCCACCCAGUCCACAAUACCCCGUGACCAGCGGCACGGCAGGCUUCUACCCAGGAACCAGCCCGGCUGAAUACCCCACCUAUGGUAAGAGGCUCCGCUCUGGGCUGUGCCCCACCAGCCAAGUACAACCAUGACCACAACCACAAUCUUGAUUGGAACCACAGGCACGACUAGAUCAGCAGCUAGAACUCUAACCAAUAUUUUUAACAGCAAAAAUAUUACACCAACAAAACGCACGGAAAAUGGAUGAGCAAGCGUUGUAAUGUUUCUAAAACAAUAAUGUAUUACUAGUAAGAAGUAACUAAAGUGGUAUAUUUAAUAAAAAAAAAAAUUUUUGACCUGAGUCUAACAUAAAUACACUUCAUAACUAAAAGUAUGUGGAGACCUGCUUGUCGAACAUCUCAUUCCAAAAUCAUGGGCAUUAAUGUGGAGUUGGUCCCGCCUUUGCUGCUAUAACAGCCUCCAGUCUUCUGGGAAGGCUUUACACUAGAUGUUAGAACAUUGCUGCGGGGACUUGCUUCCAUUCAGCCACGAGCAUUAGUGAGGUUGGGCACUGAUGUUGGGGUGUUUAAGCAUGGCGCGCAGUCGGCAUUCCAAUUCAUCCCAAAGGUGUUAGAUGGGGUUGAGGUCAGGGCUCUGUGCAGGCCAGUCAAGUUCUUCCACACCAAUAUCGACAAACCAUUUCUGUAUGGACCUUGCGUUGUGCACGGGGGCCAUUGUAUUGCUGAAACAGGAAAGGUCCUUCCCCAAACUGUUGCCACAAAGUUGGAAGCACAGAAUCAUCUAGAAUGUCAUUGUAUGCUGUAGUCUUAAGAUUUAAGACUAAGGGGCCUAGCCCGAAAUAUGGAAAAAGAGCCCCAGGCCAUUAUUCCUCCUCCACCAAACUUUACAGUUGCCACUAUACAUUGGGCCUGGUAGUGUUCUCCUGGCAUCUGCCAAACCCAGAUUCAUCCGUUUGACUUCCAGAUGGUGAAGCAUGAUUCAUCACUCCAGAGAACACGUUUCAACUGCUCCAGAGUCCAAUGGCGGCAAGCUUUACAUCACUCCAGCCAACGCUCGGCGGUCCCGUUCUGUGAGCUUGUGUGGCCUACCACUUCGCAACUGAGCCGUUGCUGCUCCUAGACGUUUCCACUUCACAAUAACAGCACUUACAGUUGACUAGGGCAGAACUUUGACAAACUGACUUGUUGGAAAGGUGGCAUCUUAUGACGGUGCCACGUUGAAAGUCACUGAGCACUUCAGUAAGGCCAUUCUACUGCCAAUGUUUGUCUAUGGAGAUUGCAUGGUGGUGCGCUCGAUUUUAUACGCCUGUCAGCAACGCGUGUGGCAGAAAUAGCCGAAUCCACUAAUUUGUAGGUGUGUCCUCAUACACAUAUACAGUGGGGGAAAAAAGCAUUGUCAGCCACCAAUUGUUCAAGUUCUCCCACUUAAAAAGAUGAGAGAGGCCUGUAAUUUUCAUCAUAGGUACACGUCAACUAUGACAGACCAAAUGAGAUCACAUUGUAGGAUAUGUAAUGAAUUUAUUUGCAAAUUAUGGUGGAAAAUAAGUAUUUGGUCAAUAACAAAAGUUUCUCAAUAAUUUGUUAUAUACCCUUUGUUGGCAAUGACACAGGUCAAACGUUUUCUGUAAGUCUUCACAAGGUUUUCACACACUGUUGCUGGUAUUUUGGCCCAUUCCUCCAUGCAGAUCUCCUCUAGAGCAGUGAUGUUUUGGGGCUGUCGCUGGGCAACACAGACUUUCAACUCCCUCCAAAGAUUUUCUAUGGGGUUGAGAUCUGGAGACUGGCUAGGCCACUCCAGGACCUUGAAAUGCUUCUUACGAAGCCACUCCUUCGUUGCCCGGGCGGUGUGUUUGGGAUCAUUGCCAUGCUGAAAGACCCAGCCACGUUUCAUCUUCAAUGCCCUUGCUGAUGGAAGGAGGUUUUCACUCAAUCUCACGAUACAUGGGCCCAUUCAUUCUUUCCUUUACACGGAUCAGUCGUCCUGGUCCCUUUGCAGAAAAACAGCCCCAAAGCAUGAUGUUUCCACCCCCAUGCUUCACAGUAGGUAUGGUGUUCUUUGGAUGCAACUCAGCAUUAUUUGUCCUCCAAACACGACGAGUUGCGUUUUUACCAAAAAGUUAUAUUUUGGUUUCAUCUGACCAUAUGACAUUCUCCCAAUGCUCUUCUGGAUCAUCCAAAUGCACUCUAGCAAACUUCAGACGGGCCUGGACAUGUACUGGCUUAAGCAGGGGGACACGUCUGGCACUGCAGGAUUUGAGUCCCUGGCGGCGUAGUGUGUUACUGAUGGUAGGCUUUGUUACUUUGGUCCCAGCUCUCUGCAGGUCAUUCACUAGGUCCCCCUGUGUGGUUCUGGGAUUUAUGCUCACCGUUCUUGUGAUCAUUUUGACCCCACGGGGUGAGAUCUUGCGUGGAGCCCCAGAUCGAGGGAGAUUAUCAGUGGUCUUGUAUGUCUUCCAUUUCCUAAUAAUUGCUCCCACAGUUGAUUUCUUCAAACCAAGCUGCUUACCUAUUGCAGAUUCAGUCUUCCCAGCCUGGUGCAGGUCUACACUUUUGUUUCUGGUGUCCUUUGACAGCUCUUUGGUCUUGGCCAUAGUGGAGUUUGGAGUGUGACUGUUUGAGGUUGUGGACAGGUGUCUUUUAUACUGAUAACAAGUUCAAACAGGUGCCAUUAAUACAGGUAACGAGUGGAGGACAGAGGAGCCUCUUAAAGAAGAAGUUACAUGUCUGUGAGAGCCAGAAAUCUUGCUUGUUUGUAGGUGACCAAAUACUUAUUUUCCACCAUAAUUUGCAAAUAAAUUCAUUAAAAAUCCUACAAUGUGAUUUUCUGGAAAAAAGAUCUCAAUUUGUCUGUCAUAGUUGACGUGUACCUAUGAUGAAAAUUACAGGCCUCUCUCAUCUUUAAGUGGGAGAACUUGCACAAUUGGUGGCUGACUAAAUACUUUUUCCCCCCACUGUGUAUGUAUGUAUGUAUGUAUGUAUGUAUAUAUAUAUAUAUACAUAUGUAUGUAUAUAUAUAUAUAUAUAUAUAUAUAUAUAUAUAUAUAUAUAUAUAUAUAUAUACAUACACACACACACACACACACACACACACACACACACACACACACACACACACACACACACACACACACAGUGGGGAGAACAAGUAUUUGAUACACUGCCGAUUUUGCAGGUUUUCCUACUUACAAAGCAUGUAGAGGUCUGUAAUUUUUAUCAUAGGUACACUUCAACUGUGAGAGAAGGAAUCUAAAACAAAAAUCCAGAAAAUCACAUUGUAUGAUUUUUAAGUAAUUAAUUUGCAUUUUAUUGCAUGACAUAAGUAUUUGAUACAUCAGAAAAGCAGAACUUUAUAUUUGGUACAGAAACCUUUGUUUGCAAUUACAGAGAUCAUACGUUUCCUGUAGGUCUUGACCAGGUUUGCACACACUGCAGCAGGAAUUUUGGCCCACUCCUCCAUACAGACCUUCUCCAGAUCCUUCAGGUUUCGGGGCUGUCGCUGGGCAAUACGGACUUUCAGCUCCCUCCAAAGAUUUUCUAUUGGGUUCAGGUCUGGAGACUGGCUAUUUUUGUCUCAUCAGACCACAUGACCUUCUCCCAUUCCUCCUCUGGAUCAUCCAGAUGGUCAUUGGCAAACUUCAGACGGGCCUGGACAUGCGCUGGCUUGAGCAGGGGGACCUUGCGUGCGCUGCAGGAUUUUAAUCCAUGACGGCAUAGUGUGUUACUAAUGGUUUUCUUUGAGACUGUGGUCCCAGCUCUCUUCAGGUCAUUGACCAGGGCCUGCCGUGUAGUUCUGGGCUGAUCCCUCACCUUCCUCAUGAUCAUUGAUGCCCCACGAGGUGAGAUCUUGCAUGGAGCCCCAGACCAAGUGGGAUUGACCAUCAUCUUGAACUUCUUCAAUUUUCUAAUAAUUGCGCCAACAGUUGUUGCCUUCUCACCAAGCUGCUUGCCUAUUGUCCUGUAGCCCAUCCCAGCCUUGUGCAGGUCUACAAUUUUAUCCCUGAUGUCCUUACACAUCUCUCUGGUCUUGGCCAUUGUGGAGAGGUUGGAGUCUGUUUGAUUGAGUGUGUGGACAGGUGUAUUUUAUACAGGUAACGAGUUCAAACAGGUGCAGUUAAUACAGGUAAUGAGUGGAGAACAGGAGGGCUUCUUAAAGAAAAACUAACAGGUCUGUGAGAGCUGGAAUUCUUACUGGUUGGUAGGUGAUCAAAUACUUAUGUCAUGCAAUAAAAUGCAAAUGAUUUACUUAAAAAUCAUACAAUGUGAUUUUCUGGAUUUGAUUCCGUCUCUCACAGUUGAAGUGUACCUAUGAUAAAAAUUACAGACCUCUACAUGCUUUGUAAGUAGGAAAACCUGCAAAAUCGGCAGUGUAUCAAAUACUUGUUCUCCCCACUGUAUAUAUACACAUACAGCUGUGGAAAAAAUUAAGAGACCACUGCAAAUCUUUCUUAAAUCAGCAUCUCUACAUGUAUGACAGCCAUUCCAUUCCAGUGUCUGUUGAAUUCCAACACAGGCACACCUCAUUCUACUGAAUUAGGUACUGAUUAGGUGAUCACCUGAACCAAAUCUUAUUUAACGAGGAAAAGUAUAAAAACCACUGCUGUGGUCAUCACUAUCCUCUUGCAAUAGGACCAGCUGGAUGGCAAAAACAGUGCUAAUAGUACCUCCAAAAGUAAUAUUAAUCAAAAAAUAACUAUUGACCAUGCCAAAAGAGUUGAAAAGGAACGUUUUGAGUGAGGAAAAGAAGGGUUCAAUUUUGGCUUUACUGGCAGAGAGAUACAGUGAGGGUCAGGUUGCUUCCAUCCAUCCAAAAUUUCAAAGACGGCGGUUCAUAAGAACAAGGUCAAGCAGCAGACAUUCGGGACAACAAAGCUACAGACCGGCAGAGGGUGAAAACGAUUCUCUACUGACCGGGAUGACCGCCAACUCAUUUGAAUGUCACUCAACAACCGUAGGAUGACAUCAAGUGACCUACAAAAAUAAUGGCAGACGGCAGCUGGGGUGAAGUGCACAGUGAGAACGGUUCGAAACAGGCUCCGAGGGGCAGGGCUGAAGUCGUGCAAUGCUAGAAAAAAGCCCUUCAUCAAUGAGAAGCAAAGAAGAGCCAGGCUGAGGUUUGCAAAAGACCAUAAGGAUUGGACCGUAGAGGACUGGAGUAAGGUCAUCUUCUCUGAUGAGUCCAAUUUUCAGCUUUGCCCAACACCUGGUUGUCUAAUGGUUAGACGGAGACCUGGAGAGGCCCACAAGCCACAGUGUCUCACACCCACUGUGAAAUUUGGUGGAGGAUCGGUGAUGAUCUGGGGGUGCUUCAGCAAGGCUGGAAUCGGGCAGAUUUGUCUUUGUGAAGGACGCAUGAAUCAAGCCAUGUACAAGGUUGUCCUGGAAGAAAACUUGCUUCCUUUUGCUCUGACAUUGUUCCCCAACUCUGAGGAUUGGUUUUUCCAGCAGGACAAUGCGCCAUGCCACACAGCCAGGUCAAUCAAGGUGUGGAUGGAGGACCACCAGAUCAAGACCCUGUCAUGGCCAGCCCAAUCUCCAGACCUGAACCCCAUUGAAAACUUCUGGAACGUGAUCAAGAGGAAGAUGGAUGGGCACAAGCCAUCAAACAAAGCUGAGCUGCUUGAAUUUUUAAGCCAGGAGUGGCAUAAAGUCACCCAACAUCAAUGUGAAAGACUGGUGGAGAGCAUGCCAAGACGCAUGAAAGCUGUGAUUGAAAAUCAGGGUUAUUCCACCAAAUAUUGAUUUCUGAACUCUUCCUUAGUUAAAACAUUAGUAUUGUGUUGUUUAAAAAUGAACAUGAAUUUAUUUUAUUUGCAUUAUUUGAGGUCUGACAACACUGCGUCUUUUGUUAUUUUGACCAGUUGUCAUUUUCUGCAAAUAAAUGCUCUAAAUGACAAUAUUUAUAUUUGGAAUUUGGGAGAAAUGUUGUCAGUAGUUUAUAGAAUAAAACAAAAAUGUUAUUUUUACCCAAACACAUACCUAUAAAUAGUAACACCAGAGAAACUGAUAAUUUUGCAGUGGUCUCUUACUUUUUUCCAGAGCUGUAUGUGUGUGUGUGUGUAUGUGUGUGUAUAUAUAUAUAUCUCUCACACAGAUGAGACAAAUGUUCACCUGCCCCUUUUUUAAGGGUGGGAGGUUACCGGGGUAGUGUGACUCAAGUCAUGUUUGUGCCUGUGAGAUUUUAGUCUGACUAGUAGAAGCGUUGUCUUCUCUUCCCUAGCAGUUGAAACUCAAAGAUAGAAAAACAGGGGCCUCCCGAGUGGCGCAUCGGUCUAAGGCACUGCAUCGCAGUGCUUGAGGCGUCACUACAGACCUGGGUUCGAUCCCAGGCUCUGUCGCGACCGGGAGACCCAUGAGGCGUCGCACAAUUGGCCCAGCGUCGUCUGUGUUAGGGGAGGGUUUGUCCGACCGGGAUGUCCUUGUCCCAUCGCGCUCUAGUGACUCCUUGUGGCGGGCCGGGCGCAUGCACACUGACUUUGGUCGGCAGUUUUACGGUGUGUCCUCUGACGCAUUGGUGCGGCUGGUUUCCGGGUUAAGCGAGCAGUGUGUCAAAAAGCAGUGCGGCUUAGCAGGGUUGUGUUUUGGAGGACGCAUGGCUCUCGACCUUCGCCUCUCCCGAGUCCGUACAAGAGUUGCAGCGAUGGGACAAGAAAUUGGGGAGAAAAAGGGGUAAAAAACUAUAGAUAAAAUAUAGAUAAACAGCAAUGUAAAUAGCGAAGAAACACAAGGACAAAGUCUCACUUCAGUAGACUUUCGUUUCAAGUAAAUUAGACCAACUUUUAUGCCUGUGCGCAGGCUUCUAAAAAUGAGUCUUUCACUCAGCUCUUCACGUGCCCACAGCCCCCAGCCAGGCUGUGUUGCAGCGCAAGAUGGAAUAGGCUAUGUAGGAUUCGUAGUUCUUUGACUUUGUGCGAUUUUAAUUUACCAGCUGUGAAACAAAACGGCGGAAGUAAAAACAGCUACUGCAGCAUUUAUUUUACUAUAAAUGUGAUCAUACUUUACUAUUUUUGUUCACAAAUAUGAGUGAAAUGCUCUCACUGUGGAGCCCUGACCACCCGCAAACGUCAGUUGACCUUAGUUGGUCAGUCAGUUGACCUUAGUUGGUCAGUCAGUUGACCUUAGUUGGUCAGUCAGUUGACCUUAGUUGGUCAGUCAGUUGACCUUAGUUGGUCAGUCAGUUGACCUUAGUUGGUCAGUCAGUUGACCUUAGGUUAUUUACCGUGUGGAAUUGCUGGCUGUGUGUGGUGGUUUUGCCUGGCAGGUUGGGUGUGUAUGGUGGUCUUUUGUUUAUCUGAGGAUCCAGGGCUGUAUGUAUGUAUGUAUGUAUGUAUGUAUGUAUGUGUUCUGGCUUUGGUUCUGCUCAAUCAGUCUGUGUUCUGUCUUCUCACCUGCUGCCUCUUACUGCCUUACCACCCUGCUUACCUCUGGUUCCCUUCUCAUUCACUCACUCUGCAUCUGUCUCUUCCUGUCCUCCCUAUCUCCCUCUUCUUUUUCUCUCUUCCCUUCCCUCGCUUCCCCCCCCCCUCCCCGUCGUGUUGUGUUCAGAGCCCUCUCUGGCUGCGAGGGAAAGGCGGGGGGGUGGGGGGAGAGGGGGCGGGCGAGAGAACGGGCGUCUCUCUCUCCACGGCGCUCCUCUCACCUCCCAGCGCUACCCCGGUGAGUAAGUGUGUGUGUGUGUGCGGGGCUGCAUCUUUGUCUGCAUAAUGUGUUUGAUUUGUAGUUUUGUAUGUAGGUGUUUUUGUUUGGUUUAGCUGUUUUUUUUCCUUGUGUAUAGGUAGUUUUACUUUGCUGCGGAUGCAUGUGGUUCAGGACUUGAAACAAACUUUAUGAAACACAGAUGAGCCAGCUUUGUAAUGUUUCUAAAACAAUACAUGUAUUAUUAGUAAGAAGUGAUGAGGUAAAUUGCUCAAUGUUAUUUCAUUAUUUGUGACCUAUUAUUUUUACCGAAAUACUGUAUCACAGGUGAGACAAAAUGUUCAGCUGGUCAGGAGGUUACCGUGGCAAUGAGGGCACUCGAGCUGCUCCAGGUGACGGUGUACCUGUGAGAUAGAGAAUCUGACUAGUAGCCGAUGUGUCUUCACUAGCAGUUGAAGCAGACACAUUGAAUAAUAACCUAGCUUGUGAACAAAACAAUGUAAUAGGCUCACUUUAGUAGACUUUCGAGUAAAUUAAACCAACAUUUAUGCCUGUGCUCAGCGCUUAUAAAAUCAAUCUUACUUCAGCACUUUAAUCAGUGCGCACAGCGCCCCCACCAGGCAGGGUUGCUGCGUGUGAGGUGGCAUAUUAUAGGAUUCAAGUAGUUCUUUGUGUGAUUAGCUACCAGCUAUUUAUUUUGCUAUAAAUGUGCUCAUUCUUUACUUCUAACGCUAUUUAUAUUUGCAAAUGCGGGUGAAAUGCUUGCACUGUAGAGCCCUUACCACCUGCCAACGUGGCUGGUGAAAUAGACAUCUUACCCGCCAAUGCCAACAUUUUAGGCCCUGAUGUGGUUAUUUUAACAUGUUCAUAUUUUAGUGUGGUUAAUUCAAUGCUUGUUUAGUCUAUAUGGUAUGUUUGUGGUUAUUUUAGUGUGUGAUUGUGUGUAGCUUUCCAUGCUGUGUUUGACUUGUCUUCCCUCCCCCUACAGCAGGUGCCUACUACCCGGCUCAGCCCCAGUACAGCCACUCACCCGCGGUCCAGACUGCGCCCGUCAUGAUAAGCCCCGCCCAGCCCCAGCAGCAGGCCCUGCCCCCUCAGCCGCCGCCGCCGCCGACCCAACCACCGGCACCCAAGAGGGAGCGUGUAGCGGUACUGUACCACACACUGUUGCAUUUCCACUAUGAGACUAUACCCCCGGUGUUUGGCUUGAAGAUGCAGACUUUUGAGUUUCCACCUAUGAGGCUUAGCCCCAAACAAAGACCCUGACAUGGGGUCAGACUGGGACUUUUCUGGGUGCAUAAACAUGAUAAAGGUUAACUGUUAACAUAACAAUUGGGCCUGUCCUCAUAAAAAGCAAUUGUUCAGGGGAUUCAGAAGUUGUUGAUGCUGCUUUUCACAAGUCCUUAGUGUCAGCCUACACUGUUGAAAAUACUAUUUCCCUAAUAUAAUACAAGGGUGUAUAUUAGGAGUGGAAAAGCCCUAUAAAGGUCAAAGCGCAGCUGGUAUACUAUGACCUCGCUGCUGAGGUCAAUGCAGUGUAGGAGUAGGUCGAGUAUAUCUAGCCCCUUACUGCUAAAACGGGGUCAGACACGGAUAUCUUCUCACCCCCCUCUUUAUGGUUAAAGAUAGAAUUGGGGGAUGGUAAUCCAAGAAGGCAAUUCCAACCGUGUGCUACAGAUGGAGGAGAUUGGACAGCGGGAAAGAAGUAUAGAUUAAUUGAGACUGUAGGAGGGAUGACAGGAGAAGAGAAAAGGGGACUUGCAUUUAUUUAGGCCUAUUUAACCAGGGUUGUAUUCAUCAUAGCUAGUCCCACCCAGUUUUGGUUCAUUUUCUUCCGUUGGUGUCUAGUGAAUACUGCCCAGGCUAGUUGAUUUAAGAAUAAAUUCUUAUUUAUGGUGACGCCUGGCGAGUUAUGGUUAAUAUGCUAAUUUCAAGUAGUCUUUGACUGUUCAACUUCAUCCUACUCCCCCCUUUCUCUCCCCUCCUCAGAUCAGAAUACGAGACCCCAACCAGGGGGGCCGUGAUAUCACAGAGGAGAUCAUGUCCGGGGGAAGGGCCACCUCCACCCCCCCAUCACAGGUACGCAUCACAACCCACUGGGGCCUGUUCAGGACAAUAUGACAUUACAGAACAUUCAGAAACAUUGUUGUCCAAUGAUUAAAACUCUAUUGCUGUUCACAUCCUGAAACUUUGUGAUUGGUAUUUAUCAUAUGAGGACAUCAAAUACAUUUCUGCUUUUUUUCAUAGUUUAUCAUGUAGAACAGCUAUGGAUCUCAGAUGGAUCAGUGUCAGCUCUAUACAUUCUCGUUCUAUACAUUCAACGCUAAGUGUUUCACAUCACUCAAUACAUCCCCUGAAUUCUCCACCUCAUUGGGAUCAUUCCCAGUGAUGAGCUCACAAUGUGAGUUUGGAAUCUUGUGGCUUAUAGAUUCCACAGAGAUGAUGUCAUAGAGGAGACCAGGAAGUCUGGAAUGGAAGCCAACUGUUCCAAAACGGUUCCAUUCAGUUAGUUUACUUUUUGAUUGUUGUGUCUUGUCUCCAACUCUCAACUCGACUGGUUUUGAUCAAGGCAAUAGGAUAGCAUUAGAAAACACUGUACCACAUAUUUGUGUUUAUAAUUGUUAUAAGCUAGUUUUGACGGUGCUCCUCGUUUUCUGCCACUAGUCCUCCACUACAGAGGGAGAAGGUCCUUCCCAGACCAACGGAGAAGUUACAAAGCCCGUCACCAUGAUGACGAGAACAGGUGAGCGUCCUCUCAGGUCUUGUGGUACUACAAUGUCUUUACAGGCUGAGAUUUGCCACAUUACAUAGAGAGUAGGACAACAUGAAUUAAACAAUGAACUUGAUCUUCAAUGAUUGAUCGUAGUACGUAGUAGUUCCAAAAUGGUUCUGAACUGAUUUCGUUCUUAGUUGCAGAUGAAAACACAGAACCCGCAGUUUUCAAAGCGAUGGCCGCCGUGACACCGCCACCUGCAUUGGCAACCCCAGAGGCAGCCACCGCCACCGUCACAGCGGAGGCGAAACAGGAAAAAGAUAGCCAGGCUGCCCCGCCUACUGAACAGGUUGUCAGCCAAUCGGCUGCCCCCACGGCUGCGGUGAGGGCCGAGGUGCCCAUUCCACCAGGGGAAGAACAGGCCCCUGCCCCCUCCCUCUCCCCCCCGGCAGCUCCUACCUCCCCUCCCCCUGCAGAGGUACAGACUCCACCCCCCACCACCAUCGCUCAGGUCAGCGACACGGUGGAUGCUGGUGUGACCCCGGCAGUGAAGGCAGUGACUCCCGAAGCUCCUCCCAAAGAGGAAGAGCCUCCGGCCGCCCCAGCAGCCGUUGAGAAGCCUCCUACCCUGGUAGCGGAGAAAGAGGAGGUGGAGAAGAAAAAGGAGGAAGUAGUGGUGGAGGAGAAGGUAGAGGUAAAGGAGGAGCCUGCGCUUACCACCAAGCUAGAGAUAGUGGCGCCUGUUACGGUGGCGGUCGCUAAAGAAGACACUAAACCCACUCCACGACCUGUGACCCCCGUCGCCAAGGCAACGAUCAAACACUCCGCCCCGGCCGUGAAGCCCGUGGUGUCUGUGGAAGCUCCCACUAAAACUGAGAGCGUGGUUGAGCCGACAUCGCCGAAACAGGAAGCAGCUGCUGCUGUGACAGUGCCCGUGUCUGCCCCCGUUCCCGCCGCCACUCCCUCUGUCCCGGAGGCGGAGCCCGCCAUGGCCCAGAAGAGCGAGGAGCAGCCGCCCCUGUCCAACGGCCUCCCCCAGGACUACCCCGACGAGGUAGACGCCCCCGUGCCCGCACCAGAGCGCAUUGCAACGCCCAACACCGAGCCUGCCGCUCCCCCACCUCAGGAAACUGCUACCCCUGUGGCUGCUACCGUGGCAGAGGAGAAGAAAGAGGAGGGGGAGAAGGAGGAGAAAGAGGAGGAUGCAGCUCCAGUGCCCUCAGCCAGCAGCCCUUCAGAGGACACGUCUAUGCAAGGUGAGAGGGUUUUUACUGGUCCGGUCACUUGGUCAGGAAAUAGUAUGUGCACCAAGGUUUUGGUUUGGCUGGGGCAGAUGGGUUCUGGAUGGUGUGGCUUCAGGUUUUGAUGUAACGCUCCUCUCUUCUAGCUGCUGUGUCUGUGCCAAAGAAGAAGAGGAACAUGAAGGAGCUGAACAAGAAGGAAGCCAUCGGAGACAUGCUGGAUGCCUUCAAAGAGGUGUGUGUAUCUACUUGUGUGUCUGCGUGCAUAGAACAGAGCGGCCUUCUAAAGUCAUGAGCUAUUCUAAACAGUUGUCCAUGACCACUUCAAGUUGCACCAUUAGUAAACCUUGAAAACAUGUGUAAGAUUGUUACUCACAGCACUGCAUGGUAUCUGCAGCCAGCCGCUACUCCGGUUGGACUGUUCAUUAGUCAGUGCAAGAGCAACUCGGCAUAUGGCAUCGUUGGUCUCCAGGCCUCUUUGUGCCUGGAGUCCUGGUAUAUCUGUCGAGACAAACAUUUCACUUCCCAGCAAGUUUUCAUGAAAUUUCUGGUAUGCAAAUUUGUGUUCUCUUACAAAAAAAAUAUAAGAAGAAAAGAUUGUCACCGCAAAUCCUGAAAGCAUGUAGUGGUCUAAACUUCAUUCUACUUCUUCUUACACCUCCAAUCGUCCUGUCCCUUCUCCCCUCUCUCUCGUCCAUACAGGAGAAGGAGGCGGCGGCUGCCCCCGAGCCCUCGUCCACUCCGGCGGAGCCCAGCCCUGUGGCCCCUCCCCCUUUGGCGACCGCCGACGCGCCAGAUGAGACAUGGGAGGAGAAGGAGGACAAGCAGAAUGCCGACACGCCCCCGCUCAAACCGGGCGACCUAAAGUACCAGUACAAAGGAGGUAGGUGGCCCCCUAGAAAUAAAGGUCUGUAGGUGACCCAAUUCAUUUAUUAUCUUUGUUGACGCCGGCUAUUUCCUGUUAUGUGAAAUGUCUCAUUAUCGUUGAAAUGUGCAGUGAACGGUUUGUCUGUUUCUUUGUCGAAGACCCCCAUUAUGCAUGUGUAUGGCCAGCAUUAUCCCUCCCGAAAUGCAUGUCUCUUCAAGAGUAGCCUGAUAGAUUUGGUUGGAUGUGUUCCAAUAACGGUUAAGCAGUAUAAAGAGACCUUCAUCGCCAAUUCAACCAUUCAAACUCUCCCACUCCUCCACCCUUUCCUCCCAACAGAGCAAUGGAAGCCUAUUGACCCGGAGGAUAAGAAGAGGUACGACAGAGUGUUCCUGCUGGGCUUCCAGUUCAUUAGUGCCAGCAUGAACAAGCCCGAGGGCCUACCUCUCAUCAGCGAUGUGGUGCUGGAUAAGGUAAACUAUACCAUAGAAGAAGAAAAAAACCAUGGUGAUUUUUAUAGGCAUCCCGUUAGAAAUGUAUUAUUCACAACAAAGUAAAAUGAAGUAAAAGCGAUUAUGCUCUAGUGAUGAUUUUUUAUUUAAUGUGGAUUUUAACACUUAUCCCAUAGCUCAUUCAUGUGCUUUUCUAGUCUGUCCAUAUGUUAAUUUCAAUGUCAAAUUCAUAGGUUCUUAAUUCUCUCCUCCUCUGUGUAGGCCAAUAAGACCCCCAUGCGCCCAGCGGAGCCGGGUCGCAACAUGAUGAACGCCGGGCCAGACUUCACCCCCGCCUUCAUGGGUAACCUGGGCAGACAGUCCACUGGAGGAGGUGGGGGAGGGGGACCACGGGGCCCUGGAAGGGACCAUAUGGGAGUGAGUAUGGUAGUGUGUGUUGGGCGUGUGGGUCAGUGUAUAGAGUUAUAUAGAGGACACUAUAUAUAUAUAUAUAUAUAUAUCAAAAUAAUUAGGGGGUAGAUCAUCUUUAAUAUGCAGAUAGAUUGUGGCUUCCAUCAAUGUAAUUGUCUGCAUCAUUUCCAAUCCCCAUAUAUAUUUUCUUAGUAAAUAUAGAUAUUAUUUUAAAUAUACACUAUAUAUACAGAAGUAUGUGGACACCCCUUCAAAUGAGUGGAUUCGGCUAUGUCAGCCACACCCGUUGCUGACAAGUGUAUAAAAUCAAGCACACCGCCAUGCAAUCUCCAUAGACAAACAUUGGCAGUAGAAUGGUCUUACCGAAGAGCUCAGUGACUUUCAACGUGGCACCGUCAUAGGAUGCCACCUUUCCAACAAGUCAGUUCAUAAAAUGUCUGCCCUGCUAGAGCUGCCCCGGUCAACAACUGCUCAGCCGCAAAGUGGUAGGCCACACAAGCUCACAGAACAGGACUGCGAGUGCUGAAGCGUGUAGCGUGUAAAAAUAGCCUGUCGUCAGUUGCAACACUCACUACCGAGUUCCAAACUGCCUCUGAAGCAAUGUCAGUACAAGAAGUGUUUGUCGGAAGCUUCAUAAAAAUGGUUUUCCAUGGCGGAGCAGCCGCACACAAGCCUAUGAUCACCAUGCGCAAUGCCAAGCUUCGACUGGAGUGGUGUAAAGCUCACCGCCAUUGGACUCUGGAGCAGUGGAAACGCGUUCUCUGGAGUGAUGAAUCACGCUUCACCAUCUGGCACUCCGAUGGAUGAAUCUGGGUUUAAUUAAUGCUCAUGGUUUUGGUAUGAGAUGUUCGACAAGCAGGUGUCCACAUACUUUUGGUCAUUUCUUUUUUAAAUAUACUGAACUAAAAUAUAAACGCAACAUGUAAAGUGUUGCUCCCAUGUUUCAUGAGCUGAAAUAAGACACUAGAAAUAUUCCGUAAGCACAAAAAGCUUAUUUCUCUCAAAUGUGUUUACAUCCCUUUUUAGUGAGCAUUUCUCCUUUGCCAAGAUAAUCCAUCCACCUGACAGGUGUGACAUAUCAAGAAGCUGAUUAAACAGCAUGAUCAUUACACAGGUGCACCUUGUGCUGGGGACAAUAAAAGACCACUCUAAAAUGUGCAGUUUUGUCACAACACAAUGCCACAGAUGUCUCCAAUUUUGAGGGAGCGUGCAAUUGGCAUGCUGACUGCAGGAAUGUCCACCAGAGCUGUUGCCAGAAUUUGAGAGAUCUGUUUUUUGUGCGUAUGGAAAGUUUCCAUUAUUUCACCUCUUAAAACAUGGGACGAACACUUUACAUGUUGCGUUUUAUAUUUUUCUAUAACUUUCUAUAAACAUUUAUUGUAGUGACAUCAUUUCUUUCUUUCGGGAUAUGAAUACUGAAUAUGUCCACUUCACCAUUGGACCAUUUUAUUGGUAUUCUUUAGCGAUCCAAUACAUAAUAUAGUGCGCUCAUAAUUCGGUUUUAAUCCAGAGGUUAGAAAAAGUAUCUAGAUCCUCUGAGUCUGUGCAGGGAUCCAAAUUGUGGAUUUAAAAGAGAACAUGAAUUGUCAGCGUACAAUGACAAGUUUUGUUUUUAAUAGCUAACAUUUUGAUGGCCAUAAUAAAUAGAUAUGCCGAUAGUGGAUAACCUUGUUUUACUCCUUUUGACAAUUUAAUACUUUCUGAAAAGUAACCAUUAUUUACUAUUUUACACCUGGGGCUACUAUAAAUACAGUUGAAGUCAGUAGUUCACAUACACCUUAGCCAAAUACAUUUAAACUCAGUUUUUCACAAUUCCUGACAUUUAAUCCUAGUAAAAAUUCCCUGUUUUAGGUCAGUUAGGAUCACCACUUUAUUUUAAGAAUGUGAAAUGUCAGAAUAAUAGUAGAGUGAUUUAUUUCAGCUUUUAUUUAUUUCAUCGCAUUCCCAGUGGGUCAGAAGUUUACAUACACUCAAUUAGUAUUUGGUAGCAUUGCCUUUAAAUUGUUUAACUUGGGUCAAACGUUUCGGGUAGCCUUCCACAAGCUUCCCACAAUAAGUUGGGUGAAUUUUGGCCCAUUCCUCCUGACAGAGCUGGUGUAACUGAGACAGGUUUGUAUGCCUCCUUGCUCGCACACGCCUUUUCAGUUCUGCCCACACAUUUUCUAUAGGAUUGAGGUCAGGGCUUUGUGAUGGCCACUCCAAUACCUUGACUUUGUUGUCCUUAAGCCAUUUUGCCACAACUUUGAAACUAUGCUUGGGGUCAUUGUCCAUUUGGGAGACCCAUUUGCGACCAAGCUUUAACUUCCUGACUGAUGUCUUGAGAUGUUGCUUCAAUAUAUCCACAUCAUUUUCCUUCCUCAUAAUGCCAUCUAUUUUGUGAAGUGCACCAGUCCCUCCUGCAGCAAAGCACCCACACAGCAUGAUGCUGCCACCCCCGUGCUUCACGGUUGGGAUGGUGUCCUUCGGCUUGCAGUCAACCCCCUUUUUCCUCCAAACAUAACGAUGGUCAUUAUGGCCAAACAGUUCUAUUUUUGUUUCAUCAGACCAGAGGACAUUUCUCCAAAAAGUACGAUCUUUGUCCCCAUGUGCAGUUGCAAACUGUAGUCUGUCUUUUUUAAUGGCGGUUUUGGAGCAGUGGCUUCUUCCUUGCUGAGCGGCCUUUCAGGUCAUGUCGAUGUAGGACUCGUUUUACUGUGGAUAUAGAUACUUUUGUACCUGUUUCCUCCAGCAUCUUCACAAGGUCCUUUGCUGUUGUUCUGGGAUUUAUUUGCACUUUUCGCACCAAAGUACGUUCAUCUCUAGGAGACAGAACGCGUCUCCUUCCUGAGCGGUAUGACGGCUGCGUGGUUCCAUGGUGUUUAUACUUGCGUACUAUUGUUUGUACAGAUGAACGCGGUACCUUCAGCCGUUUGGAAAUGGCUCCCAAGGAUGAACCAGACUUGUGGAGGUCUACACAUUUUUUUCUGAGGUCUUGGCUGAUUUAUUUUGAUUUUCCCAUGAUGUCAAGCAAAGAGGCACUGAGUUUGAAGGUAGGCCUUGAAAUACAGGUACACCUCCAAUUGACUCAAAUGAUGUCAAUUAGCCUAUCAGAAGCUUCUAAAGCCAUGACAUCAUUUUCUGGAAUUUUCCAAGCUGUUUAAAGGCACAGUCAACUUAGUGUAUGUAAACUUCUGACCCACUGGAAUUGUGAUACAGGGAAUUAUAAGUGAAAUAAUCUGUCUGUAAACAAUUGUUGGAAACAUUACUUGUGUCAUGCACAAAGUAGAUGUCCUAACCAACUUGCCUAAACUAUAUUUUGUUAACCAGAAAUUUGUGGAAUGGUUGAAAAACAAGUUUGAAUGACUCCAAACUAAGUGUAUGUAAACUUCCGAUUUCAACUGUAACUAACCCAUUGUAUAAGAGAUUCGCCAAAAUGAAAAUGAACCAGGCAUUUAUAUAUAAAUUCCAGUCCUACUUUAUCAAAGGCCUUUUAAAAGUCAGCUAUGAAUACCAGGCCUGGUUUCCAAGGUCUUUCAUAGUGUUCUAUUGUUUCCCGUACUUCACUUCUCCAAUGUAUUGUCCAUGUAAACAACAUGUCUGAUUUACGAUGAAUAAUAUCCCACAAUAUCUUUUUAAUUCUAUGCAUUUUGCUAGGAUUUUGGCAUCACGACACUGAAGUGUAAGGGUCUCCAGUUUUCUUUAGGUGGACUGGAUCUUUAUAUUUACCACCUGGGUCCUGUUUCAGUAAUAGUGAAAUUAGACCACCUUGCUGAGUAUCUGAUAGUCUACACAUCUUUGCUAAAACGGGUUAUAUCCAUCCAGAGUCCUCUAUCUAACUCUAUGGUCAGUGCAUAGAGAUCCUAUAAUUCAAGACUAGUUGGACAAUGUUUUGGGUCACGUUAAUAGGAUGACAAUGUCCAUUAUUGUGUUCUAUGUAUUUGGCAGUAUUUGUUGAAAUUGUGGGCUGUUUUCUCUGUCUCUUGGAAAGCAUUAGUUAUAGUUCAAAGUAUGUCAUAGUACAUCACUCUCCAAAUGAUAGAAAUCAAUAAUUUAUUGUCACAUGUUGCUUGAAAACCAAUGAUUUAAUUGGUCAUCAACCAGUGAUUUAUUGUGAGCAUUUAAAGAUGACCAUUGACUAGUGUUAUAAUACUGCCAAUGAGUGGAACUGGUGCUGCUCUCUACAUUGUUUAUGUCUAAAGCUGGGCUCAAGUCGUCAAUGAUUGACAGCCCAGUGUGUUUGUAGAGUUCAUAGACCUAAUUUCCCUCUAUCUCCUCUACACCCACACCUCUCUUGCUCCCCCCCCCCCCCCCCCUCUCUCCAUCCCUCCUCCCCUCAGCCCCCCGGACCCCGGCGCUCCCAGCAGGGCCAGCGCAAGGAGCCCCGCAAGAUCAUCACCAUCUCCUCAUCGCUAGGUGGCGACGUGGAGCUCAACAAGGCGGAGAAAGCCUGGAAGCCCACGGUAAAGAUGGCGGGGACACAGGGCCGCGGAGCCGCCCCAGAGGAGGAGAGCGACGACCCCGAGCAGGCCAAGACCCAGGAGCUGUUCAAGAGGGUCCGCUCCAUCCUCAACAAGCUGACCCCUCAGAUGUUCCAGCAGCUGAUGAAGCAGGUCACAGAGCUGACCAUCGACACGGAGGAGAGGCUGAAGGGAGUGAUCGAUCUGAUCUUUGAGAAGGCCAUCUCUGAGCCCAACUUCUCUGUGGCCUACGCUAACAUGUGCCGCUGCCUUAUGGGGGUGAGUGACGUGACUGACGUUGUUUGGCCGUUUUGUGUUAGUCUUUUUUCUUUCAUUCUCUCUGCCUCUACUGAAGCCAUGUGUUUGGACCACUGCAGUAGGGAUGUAACCAGUCACCGGUACGCAUUGGUCCCCGAUUCAAAUGUUGAAGAUACAAGUGCAUCAGUCCGGGCACCCCAAGCCGAUCCAAAUGCAUCAGUCAGAAAAUCGAUUGAACCGUUACGAAUCGCCACAAUUUAUUUUUGCUCAUAUUACAUUCUGCAUUCUGAAAAAAAAUCAUAUUUUAUGACAACUGAGUUGUGCUGUUCAUUGGCUAUGUCAUAGCAAAUGUUGUAAACGAUAAAUAUUGACACAAACGCUUACUGUGCAAAAAUGACAAGGUGAUUUCAGAACUAAAAUGGGUGGGGGAAAAACAGGCUACAUUGCCCACCCUGCCGCCCGGCCCUAGUCCUAUAGUGUUUGUGGGGUGGUAGAUGCCUAGUCUCCCUUAUGGCUCAGAUCAGUUGACUACAUAGUAUAUACACCAUAGACGUACAUAAUUUACUUACACACACACAGAAGUCAGCUCAGACAGAUCCAGUUGAGAGGCCCAGCUCAUGAGCUCCAUCAGCAGCAGAUUAUGCAACAAAUGGACAUUCAUACACUGCAGUAUAGUGAUGGAAUUGACGAACUCGAGGAGCCCUCUUUCGUUCCUUUUCUCCCUCUGUUUUGAUUGUCUUCAUCCAUUUGUUUGAGUAUGCUUUUUCUAAGCCAGUCCCCUACUGAACAUAAACGAAACAGACCUUGAACUAAACAUAUCUUGUUCCUUGUUUCCUUUCCUUGUGUCCUCCCAGUUGAAAGUGCCCACCACAGACAAGCCGGGAGUGACUGUGAACUUUCGUAAGCUUCUGCUGAACCGCUGUCAGAAGGAGUUUGAGAAGGACCAGGACGAUGACGUGAUCUUUGAGGCCAAACAGAAGGAGAUGGAGGCCGCCAAAGAGGUACGACUUAACUUCCUGUUUACACAACCUCAUAACAGAUGCAUUCUGUUAUAUUCAUAUCCAACCCUUGUUCAUAUUGCCAAUGUCACAAGAUUGGUCUGCGAUAUCCUCAUAAAAUCUAAAUCCAUCUAUUUGGCUAUUCAUUUGACUAGGAUUUGCUAUUUUUCGCUUUAGAUGAGGUCUAUGUCUGAACUACCAAAGAGAGAAAAUGGUGAACCAAUCACAUUCUGUUCUGUCCCUAACCAUCAAAGAGCAGGCGCAUUUUGGACAAUAAAGCUUUCUUAACUUUCAAAUAACCUUUUUGACCUUACGUCUCCCAGGAGGAUAAAGCCGGUCUGAAGGCGGAGCUGGAGGAGGCCAAGGACAAGGCACGGCGGCGGUCGCUGGGCAACAUCAAGUUCAUCGGCGAGCUGUUCAAGCUGAAAAUGCUGACGGAGGCUAUCAUGCACGACUGCAUCGUCAAGCUGCUGAAGAACCACGAUGAGGAGUCGCUAGAGUGCCUCUGUAGACUGCUGUCCACCAUCGGCAAGGACCUGGACUUUGAGAAGGCCAAGGUAUGCAGAGAGAGAGAUGCCACUCACACACACACACAAAGGCAUGUGCACACACUAAUGCACAGGGACACACACACACACACACACACACACACACAGGCACUCACUCAGUACCGACAAAAAAACACACACUUAGUGAUACCUGACAUAUUUACUCUGCAGAAACACACCAGUCUGAGUGUCCCUCUGCUUGUCCCCACAGCCCCGUAUGGACCAGUACUUUGCCCAGAUGGACAAGAUCAUCAAGGAGAAGAAGACCUCGUCUAGGAUCCGCUUCAUGCUGCAGGACGUCAUCGACCUCAGACGGGUACCUCCAUCCCUCUCUAUACAAUCAUCUCUCCUCCUUUCUCGUUCUGUUUCUACAAAUGUCUCUCUUCCUCCCUCCAUCUUUCUGUGUCUUCCUCUCUUUCUCUCUGUCUGUCUGUCCUUCACUCCAUCCCCCCCCCCCCCCCCCUCUCUCCUCUUUAGCUCUCUUUCGCUUCUUCUUUCAUCUCUAUUUGUGUUCUCUGCAAUAGUAUCAUUACGAUCAUGGCGUCACGGUAAUAACCAUACUGUAAUUCACCGUAUGGCUCUAAAGCCUCUGCUAAGACUUUAAAAGAGUACUCCCUCUCUCCCUCCCCCAGAGUGGCUGGGUGCCCAGGCGAGGGGAGCAAGGCCCUAAGACCAUAGACCAGAUCCACAAGGACGCUGAGCUGGAGGAACAAAUGCAGCUGGUCAAGGUCCAGCAGCAGCUUCUGUCAAGGAAUGACGGUGGAGGUGGAGGAGGAGGACGAGGAGGUGGAGGAGGAAGAGACGGGAGGGGGGGAGACCGAGACAGAGGAGGAAGGGAUCAGGGGGGCCGUGGGGUCCAGCACGGGGGCCAGGGGGGCAGGGGCAGCCAGCCCCAGGAUGAAGGCUGGAACACAGUGCCCAUCUCCACCAAGAACAGACCCAUCGAUACCAGCCGGCUCAGCAAGAUCACCAAGGUGAAGGGAGAGUUAAUAAAAUAAAAUAAAGUUUACAACUAAUAAAGGAAUGUGUUUUUACUACUAAACCAACACGAAUGGGGUUCUUAAUUAUGAGUGGUAAUGUAAACAAUAGCGUAUUUAUUGUAUUUUUGUGACUCAUAAGGAUGCUUUUUGCAAUAGCAUGACCAGAUGAAGAGUUGUCAGGGAUUUUACUUGCGUCACUUUAUUAGUAGCCAUUUUUCAUCAAUUGUUUUACCAAGUCGAGUCCCCAUUGAGAUGGAUAUAAUUCUGUUAUCACCUCUGCUCUUAACCUUUGACCUCCCCCCGCACUAGCCUGGUGCCCUGGACUUCAACAACCAGCUCCUUGCGCCCCAGCUCGGGGGUAAGGGCAUGUGGGGCAGCUGGGGCAAGGGCAGUAGUGGAGGCACCACAGGAGCCAAGCCUGCCGCCGGAGCUGAACCAGGUAGGGGCACAUACGGACGUUCAAACACACGGCAACCUGAACAAGGAGUCGGGUAGAAGCCUACUUCAUACAAACCUCAAACUCAUACCGACAUCCCUCACACAAGGGCAAAAACCCAACAAAUGUGUCACACUGUACUAUACACACUUAACACACGCAUGCACACUUACAUACAGUACCAGUCAAAAGUUUGGACACACCUACUCAUUCCAGGGUUUUUCUUUAUUUUUACUAUUUUCUACAUUGUAGAAUAAUAGUGAAGACUAUCAAAACUAUGAAAUAACACAUAUGGAAUCAUGUAGUAAACAAAAAAGUGUUAAACAAAUCAAAAUAUAUUUUAUAUUUGAGAUUCUUCAAAUAGCCACCCUUUGUCUUGAUGACAGCUUUUCAUACUCUUGGCAUUCUCUCAACCAGCUUCAUGAGGUAGUCACCUGGAAUGCAUUUAAAUUACCAAGUCCAUAUUAUGGCAAAAACAGCUCAAAUAAGCAAAGAGAAACGACAGUCCAUCAUUACUUUAAGACAUGAAGGUCAGUCAAUCCGAAAAAUUAAAAACGUUGAAAGUUUCUUCAAGUGCAGUUUCAAAAACCAUCAAGCGCUAUGAUGAAACUGGCUCUCAUGAGGACCCAAAUAAAUACUUCACAGAGUUCAAGUAACAGACACAUCUCAACAUCAACUGUUCAGAGGGGACUGUGUGAAUCAGGCCUUCAUGGUCCAAUUGCUGCAAAGAAACCACUACUAAAGGACACCAAUAAGAAGAAGAGACCUGCUUGGUCCAAGAAACACAAGCAAUGGACAUUUGACCGGUGGAAAUGUGUCCUUUGGUCUGGAGUCCAAAUUGGACAUUUUUGGUUCCAACCGCCGUGUCUUUGUGAGACGCGGUGUGGGUGAAUGGAUGAUCUCUACAUGUGUAGUUCCCACCGUAAAGCAUGGAGGAGAAGGUGUUAUGGUGUGGGGGUGCUUUGCUGGUGAAACUGUCUGUGAUUUAUUUAGAAUUCAAGGCACGCUUAACCAGUAUGGCUACCACAGCAUUCUGCAGUGACACGCCAUUCCAUCUGGUUUGGGCUUAGUGGGAGUAUCAUUUGUUUUUCAACAGGACAAUGACCCAACACACUUCCAGGCUAUGUAAGGGCUAUUUUACCAAGAAGGAGAGUGAUGGAGUGCUGCAUCAGAUGACCUGGCCUCCACAAUCCCCAGACCUCAACCCAAUUGAGAUGGUUUGGGAUGAGUCGGACGGCAGAGUGGAGGAAAAGCAGCUAACAAGUGCUCAGCAUAUGUAGGAACUCCUUUAAGACUGUUGGAAAAGCAUUCCAGGUGAAGCUGGUUGAGAGAAUGCCAAGAGUGUGCAAAGCUGUCAUCAAGGCAAAGGGUGGCUAUUUGAAGAAUCUCAAAUACAAAAUAUUUGGUUACUACAUGAUACCGUAUGUGUUAUUUCAUAGUUUUGAUGUCUUCACUAUUAUUCUACAAUGUAGAAAAUAGUAAAAAUAAAGAAAAACCCUUGAAUGAGUAGGUGUCCAAACUUUUGACUGGUACUGUAUACACACUUGGAAUUUGUGUAAUAUGCGUGUAUUGUCUCUCUCUCUUGCUCAUUCCUUCUUUCCUUUGUUCUCUAGCAGUGGAGACUGGCCGUCCGGCCACCGGCAACCGCUUCUCUGCCCUGCAGCAGUCUGCUCCACCAGCAUCCUCCUCAGACGCUGACCGCAGGGUACCCCAGAGGUCAGUACGGCUCUUCCUUCCUGAUCUUUCUCUCUGCCCCCUGACUCUCGCUUAUACGUGUCUAUUUUCUACCCCUUCUUUCCCCCCUCUCUCCCAUCUCUUCUUUCCCUCAUCCCUCUCCUCUCUCUCUCCAACAUCUCUCUCCUUCUCCGUAGGUCCAGCUCCAGUCGUGACCGCGGCGGGGACCGGGACCGCUUUGAGAGGCGCGACAGCAGUCGCGACGAGCGCGGCAGCAGUCGGGACACCCGCCCGCCUGUCACCAAGCGCAGCUUCAGCCGCGAGACAGAGGAGCGUAGGAGCGAUAGUCGCACCCCUAUGGAACCCCCCGUCCGGCGCGUAGCCAGCAUGUCUGACGACCGGGACAGAGGCAGCCGAGACCGAGGAGGCAGCGGUAGCCGGGACAGGGCUCCUAGCAAGGAGGAUGUUGGUAAGAGACUAUAGACACACACUGGAUACACGUACACCCACCUUAGUGUAUAAUGCGUUUUUAUGUUUAAUAGUGUGUGAAACUGUAUAACGUUGUGUUGUGUCUGUACAGUGAAGCGUGAGACAGACCCCACCCUUCCUCCUGCUGCUCCGGCCAAACCGGCCAUGACAGAGGAGGAGCUGGACAAGAAGUCCAACGCCAUCAUCGAGGAGUACCUCCACCUCAACGACAUGAAGGUACACACAGGCCACAUCAACAACAUGAAGACGCACACAAACACACACACCAUCAGUUUCGUGUCAAUGACAAAGGUGUACACACACACACACACACAAUCGGAGGCCAUAGCAAAGCUAACUGCUGUAAUACUAAACCCCUUUCCUUCCCCGUCCGGCCCUGUAGGAGGCGCUGCAGUGUGUAGUGGAGCUGAACAGUGCCCCGCUGCUCUUUGUGUUUGUGCGGAACGGCCUGGAGAAUACUCUGGAGCGCAGCGCCAUCGCCAGGGAACGGAUGGGCCUGCUGCUGCACCAGCUCCUCAAGGCUGGCACCCUGCCCACAACAGAGUACUACAAGGGGUAAGAAGCAGAGAGCGAGUGUAGUACUGCACUAAAGACCAGGUUGUGUGUUUUGAGGAGGAAGCAUGCAAUCCUGUCUACGGAGCCCAAAAGUAGUGUGUGCUUGUUAAAGAGAACCAUCUCUCAAAGGGUUAAAAUGUGUGUUCAUGUGUUCGCCCAUAUGUCAGACUGUUGGAAAAUAGUCCACACAAGAUAGUUCUCCAAAUUAUUAGUUUUCCUUGUUUUAGUGUGUUUACUUGGUUAUGUUUAAUCAUAGGCUCCAGGAGAUCCUGGAGUUGGCUGAGGACAUGGCCAUAGACAUCCCCCACAUCUGGCAAUACCUGGCUGAGCUCAUCACACCCAUGCUCCACGAGGGAGGCAUCCCCAUGGGACAGCUCUUUAGGUGAGGCCCAGGCUUUAUAGACCGCGUCGGCCCCAACUCUGGAGGUCACUGGCCUAUAACAGCGUUGAUGCCAGAAAGGCUUUGACUGAUGCUUCACUUAUGGAUGAAUAGUGAAGAAGUGAUCGGCAAAAAUAUACAAUUUGAGACUGAUGUAAUGAAUGAGAAAUUUAAAGGAACGCUCAAUAACCUUUCCUACUGUAUGUGUGUUUACAGGGAGAUCGCCAAGCCCCUGAUUCCCCUGGGUAAGGCUGGUGUGCUGCUGGUGCAGAUCCUCAACUUACUCUGCAAAGGAAUGGUAAGUGUCUCUGUGCACGCAGCUCUGUGGGGUUUGUGUAUGUCCAUACAAUAUUUAUGUUGGACUUGUGAGUGUGUGUGUGUAAAUGAAUUGUGUGUUAUUUGUUUUAUAUUUUCAGACCCAUAAGAAGGUGGGCGGUCUGUGGACUGAAGCAGAGCUCAACUGGAGAGACUUCCUGCCAGAGGAUGAGGACGUCAAUAAGUUUGUGACUGAACAGGUCAGUGGGGGAGAAGGGGUUAAACACUUUUUAGUUAGGACCACUCAAUCUGAAUGCCAUUUAAGAUUGGUGGACUGAACAUGCGACUGCCCUUCAUAAAUGAGAGGGUGAUUUUAUUUUUUGGGUUAAGAAAAUAUGGGUUUACUGUCUCGUUCUAUUGCUGUGUUUAGCAACAAAACCCAUCCGUGCACAACUUUGGGGAAAACCAGAACUUGUUGGCUUAGAAUCAAAGGAUUAUUGACAACAUGUAAACUAUAUGUUGUCUCCAAAUGUUUAUUGAAAACAGAAAAAAGAUUGCACAAUAAGCACUUGUUGACUCAAAUUGCAUUGUUGCAGUUGUUGGUUAGCUAGCAAAUGUUUGCCAUAUUAGCGUAGACAUAAGUCAAAACCCCUGAAAACAAUACAUGAUAUCAAGAACAAGAUAUAACUAACUGAAACAAGCCACCUAUGAUUCACCACAUGGCAGCUUCUUUUCCUUGUUGAUGGCUAUCUGACCAUUCAGAAUCAUAACAUUCUGCCUCUGUGUCGCACGCGCAUAAUUUCGUGACGUUGUCAGGCAACCCAUAUGAGCGUGUGUUCCAUAGUUUUCCUAACGUAAUUCUAUGGUGUGUUCUCGCUUUCCAGAAAAUUGAGUUUACCCUGGGGGAGGAGUCAGAGGAGACCAAUCAGAAGAAGCCCAUGGGUGGAGAGGAGCUCAGCAAACAGCUGGACAGACUGAUCCAGGACAAGGCUAACAACCAGCGUGUCAGAGACUGGGUGGAGGUAUGUUCCCGUGUGUGUGAUGUGCGUGCGUAUGCGACUUUGUAUCAGCAAGGUCAAUUGAAUGUUUAAACAUUCCAUGCUAUCCUCAUCUAACUCUUUGGAAAGCUUUGGUCACUAUUUGCCCUCUCAUUUACAGGCCAACCUGGACGAACAGCAGGCGGCUGCCAACCAGUUUGUGCGCGCUCUGAUGACCUCCAUUUGCCAGUCAGCCGUUAUAUGUGAGUACCGCAAAGCCCAUAUAUCUGGCCCUUCUGUUUGCAUACCUUUAAAGAUGCUUCCAACCUCCUUUGUUGGCAUGCAUGCUGUUGCCCUGUACAUCGCAUGUGAGUUAUGGAGAGAAGCCAAGUCCAGUGCUAUGUUUUCGGUGCCAGAAUGUUCCUGACUUCUGGUUCUAUCCUCAAUCGCUGGUACAUUCUGAUAUCUCUGUCUGAUUGGCAAUGGGGGCAUCAAGUUGGGUGUAGAAGGAGUGUUGGUAGUUUGGUGAUACUCUAGGUUAAUGGUUUUGGGUUAACAUUCCUAUGAAUAGGGUUGACUGGUUGGAGACUGUACAUUUGUAAUAUGCAUCCAUCCUUUCCCCCUCUCUCUCUGUCUUCACUCACUCGAAUGCUCUCUCUCCUUCCCUCCCUUCGUCCAGGUGAGAACCCAUACAAGGUGGACGUGGAGCAGAUUACCCAGAGGGCCAAGCUGCUGCAGCGGUACCUGAGUGACGAGCAGAAGGAGCUGCAGGCCCUGUACGCCCUCCAGGCCCUCAUGGUGCACAUGGAGCAACCAGCCAGUGAGUACAGCGCAGUACUGUAGUGUGUGUGUGUGUGUGUGUGUGUGACGCCUCAGUUCUGUGAAGGUGUGUGUAUGAUUGUGGAUAGCGAGGCUAGAGUCACGCCUUUACAAUGUCAUUGUUCUGGUGUGCUAGAGUGCUCGCAGAGUCUACAUCUUUGCCUAUUCAUUGGCGGUAGUCUCUUGUGGCCCAGCUAAUCACCAGCUCAGAUACAGAACCUCCAUUUGGAUUAUUAUUAUUUUUUUUUGUCGUGAACAUCCACGUCACUACAGUUGCUUCCCAUUCUGUGUAGAUUUUGUGAUUGUCGUUCACAUUCUGCCCCACUGGCUUUGUCUCCUGUCUCGCAAAAAAAAAAAGGAUUGUGUAAAAUGAGCUUUGGUUGUUUGUGUGAAUUAAAAAGGGUGCGGAGGGAGUAUGUAUUUAUCCACAUUUCUCUCGUAUCAGAUGGUGUUGUGGCUAGAUUCAUAGUUCAUGAAUCAUGAUUAUGAAUGUGUAGCUUAACCACCCUCUCUGCCUGUGGCAUCCUCCCUCCACCAGAUCUGCUGCGGAUGUUCUUUGACGCGCUGUACGACGAGGACGUGAUCAAAGAGGAGGCCUUCUACAAGUGGGAGUCCAGCAAAGACCCCGCCGAGCAGACUGGCAAGGGCGUGGCCCUGAAGUCGGUCACUGCCUUCUUCACCUGGCUCCGCGAGGCCGAAGAGGAGUCCGACAAGGAC